GACUUUCCUCGAAACAACUCACCCACUAUAUAAACCAAACACCCCCUUUCUCCUCUUCAACAUUUUCUUUCUUUUUUAUUUCUUUUCCUCUCAAUUUUCAUCUUCAAUUUCUUCUUUGAUCUCCCAACUUUAAAACAAUCACUUUACAGGGGUAUAAGUAGGGUAAGAAAUGUUAGAGCAGUUACUGAUCUUUACCAGAGGGGGUUUAAUCCUCUGGACAUGCAAAGAGCUUGGUAACGCUCUAAGGGGAUCACCGAUCGACACCUUGAUCCGAUCAUGCCUUUUGGAAGAACGAUCCGGUGCUGCAUCGUACAAUUACGACGUACCUGGUGCGUCGUACACGCUCAAAUGGACGUUCCACAACGAGCUCGGUCUCGUUUUUGUUGCGGUGUAUCAAAAGAUUCUCCAUCUUUUGUAUGUGGAUGACCUGCUUGCUAUGGUGAAACGAGAGUUUUCGGUUGUUUACGAUCCUAAACGGAUGGUUUAUGAUGAUUUCGAUGAAACGUUUAGGCAGCUGAGGAAAGAGGCGGAGGCUCGGGCUGAGGAGAUGAAGAAAUCAAAGCAGGUGAUGGCGAAACCGGUUAGUAACGUAACGAAAAAGCAAGGACAACAAACGCAGAAGUCGGGGUUUGACGGAGGUAAUCGAAAAAAGAGCGGUGGUGGUGAAUCGGGAAAAGAUAGUGCGGAUGACGAUGAUGUAAAAACGGGUGUUUUAGAAAACGGGCAUUCAAACGGGGAGGUAGUUAACAAGGGUAGAGUUAACUUAAAAGAAAACGGUAAUAACAACGCUAAUUCCGAGGCUUUUGAUGUAAAUAAGCUACAUAAGCUUCGGUCUAAAGGUGGGAAGAAGGCUAAUGUUGUUGUUAACAAGGUUUCCAAAGAGGAACCGAAGAAAAAGCCUACAAAAAAGAACCGUGUGUGGGAUGAGAAACCCGCUGAAACCAAAUUGGAUUUCACGGAUCCGGUGAGUGAGAAUGGUGAUGCUGACAUGGCGGUUGCGCAAGUUGUUAAAGGGGAGAGUAUGAUGGACAAAGAUGAGAUUGUCAGCAGUGACAGUGAGACUGAAGAUGAAGAUGAAUCGGAGACAGAUAAGAAGGUAGAUUCGAAGAAGAAAGGGUGGUUUACAUCCAUGUUCCAAAGCAUUGCUGGGAAGGCUAAUUUGGAGAAGGCGGAUCUAGAACCGGCUUUGAAGGCUCUGAAAGACAGGCUUAUGACAAAGAAUGUGGCUGAAGAAAUUGCUGAGAAGCUUUGUGAGUCUGUAUCAGUCAGCCUCGAGGGCAAAAAGCUCGCUUCUUUUACUAGGAUAUCAUCCACAGUGCAGGCUGCAAUGGAAGACGCGCUUGUUCGUAUCUUAACCCCAAGGCGUUCCAUUGACAUUCUGAGGGACGUUCACGUUGCUAAGGAACAGCAUAAACCGUAUGUAGUGGUUUUUGUCGGAGUUAAUGGGGUUGGAAAGUCGACUAAUCUUGCCAAGGUGGCUUACUGGCUUCAACAGCAUGAUAUCAAUGUCAUGAUGGCUGCAUGCGACACUUUCCGUUCAGGAGCAGUUGAGCAGCUUCGCACUCAUGCGCGUAGGCUUCAGAUCCCGAUAUUUGAAAAGGGAUACGAGAAAGACCCUGCGAUUGUUGCUAAGGAAGCAAUUCAGGAAGCCACCCGUAACGGAUCAGACGUUGUUCUUGUUGACACAGCGGGUCGCAUGCAGGACAAUGAACCGUUGAUGCGUGCACUAUCCAAGCUUAUAUACGUCAACAGUCCAGAUCUGGUACUUUUUGUCGGGGAAGCAUUGGUCGGUAAUGAUGCUGUGGAUCAACUCUCAAAGUUCAAUCAGAAAUUAGCCGACCUGUCACCCUCACAGAGCCCUAGGUUGAUUGACGGUAUCUUGCUAACCAAGUUUGAUACCAUAGAUGACAAGGUUGGAGCUGCACUGUCUAUGGUUUACAUAUCAGGAGCGCCUGUGAUGUUUAUCGGGUGUGGACAGUCUUAUACAGAUCUCAAAAAGCUGAAUGUGAAGGCUAUUGUGAAGACGCUGCUUAAAUGAGGGUGCACAUGAAGUGGCUUUGUUUAUGGUUUGUUUUCUGGACCUACUUCUGUCAAUGUACUCUUCGAUCUUGAAUCUGUUAUUUUCAGUUUGUCUGUGUUGAAUCUUGUGGUAAACAUCUUUGUGAUCUAUGAUCCUUAUCAUGUGUUAAAUCUAGUGUUGAACAUCUUGUGUUUUGGUUGGAAUAUUUAGACCAUUGUCCUUGUGAUA